CUGCUGAUUCCACAUGUUACCUGUUAUGCCUUGAAGAAGGUCUCUGACGAAAGCUUGCAUAGUCAACGUGAUUUUUACACGGAUUUGAUUGUGCGGAUGUGCUUUUUUCCACUGUUGAUAACGAUUCAGCUCCUGCACCUCAGUCUAAGUACAAAUACCGGCUUCCACACGCGGCACCGUAACGUUCGCUGCCCUCAUUGGUCGAGCUCCAACAAAGUCUUCUGUGAUUGGACGACACGCUCCAAAACAUUAACAGUCGUCACCACCUUACAAGCAGUAUGGCAGCCCCCGUGAACAGUGUGGGGAAACCCUCUGUUGAGCGACCACCGUUCAAUACCACGAGUUUCCAGAAGAAAACAAGGAGCAAGUUGAUCUCCAUACCUGGUACCAGACCCUCGGUUCAAAAUGGACAGCUGUUAGUGUCGACCGGUGUCACGUCACUCGACUAUCUGCUCGGUGGUGGGUUAGCAGUUGGAACAGUACUUCUUAUAGAGGAGGACCGAUAUGAUAGCUACUCUCGUAUGAUCUUAAAGUACUUCUUGGCAGAAGGAGUGGUAUGUCGACAUGAACUCUUUGUGGCAGCGGCUCAAGAUAACCCAGAUGACAUCUUACAGGAACUCCCAGCUCCCAUCUUGGAUGAUGUUGCUAUCCACAAACCAGUGGAGCAGCCCAGACUAUCCUGUGAGCCUCAAGACAGUUUGGAUGCCAUGAAGAUUGCCUGGCGUUAUCAGAAUCUUCCAAAAGUCCAGACCGCCCUGGCAUCCUCAUCCCGGUUCGGGCACUACUAUGACGUCUCCAAGACGAUGGAGCCAGAAAUUCGCCAGGCAGUCAAGUGCCACCGCUUCUACCUUACAGAACAUCCCGCCCAGUCAUCAGCUACACACAGCACCAUGCUUGAGUCCUACUCUGCGUUGCUGAAGUCACUGCAAGAGGUCAUAAACAGGGAGGGCUUCGAUGUAGCAGUCCCCAUGUCAAAGUCACGUAACAUCCUGCGAAUUGGGCUUCACUCUCUUGGCUCGGCUCUGUGGGGUGAUGACCUGUGUUGCCAUGACAACCCUAGACAUGGCCACGCCCUCACUACCUUCCUCUAUGGACUGCGUGCUUUGCUGAGGUCAUCUCUGUCAGUCGCAGUAGUAACUGUGCCUUCACAUCUCAUCCAGGACAGAGCUCUAAUGGGCAGCAUAACCAGGCUAUGUGACAAUGCCAUAGCCCUGGAAUCAUUCAAAGGCUCUGAGAGAGAGACCAACCCACUCUACAAAGAUUACCAUGGUCUGCUACAUGUACGCCAAGUACCUCACCUGAACUGUCUGGCAAGUAAACUCCCUGACCACAAGGAUCUGGCCUUUAAACUCAAAAGAAAACAGUUCAGCAUUGAGCGACUGCAUUUGCCUCCAGACUUGUCUGAGACAGUGAGUCGUGUGAGCAGGGGGGAGCUGGCAGGAGCGACCGUCGUGGCUUCAGCCUGUGGCUCUAGCAGUUCCGGCAACAAACACCUGGACUUUUAGAGCUCCCACACAGUCGCCACGGGGCUACCAACACCUGGAAUGCCGCAGCGUUGUCCUCUUUACCGUGGUGACCAGGUUGUUCCCUCACCCACAUAAUGUCAACCUCAAUAACCCUGCCAGCCAUUACCACCUGCCAACUGUCCCAGCCAAGGGGGAAGAUCUAAGCACCCUCAGUACCUCGUCUCAUAACAGACACAUUUCAUCCUAUAUUUCAAGUCAGUUUUUAUAUAAAUCCACAGCACGCUCUUUUUUUUCUCUGACAGCUGAUAGUUGCACAUUCCAAGCUGUAAUUAGAAUUUGACCAUAUAUUAUUGGUCAGAGGUUUUACCAACAGUUUGCUUUUUCCCCACUCUCUAGUGCAAAAAAAAGCGGGCUCCAUCUCAAUUUUAUAUGAAGGAAAAUGACUGGCAGGGUGACUAUUACUUAACCCAAUUAAAAUUCAAGAUGGCGGGGUUGUUCUCUGUCGCCGGGGAUUUUGAUUACAUGUAAAAUGUAAUUUUUUUUUUAGUCUUUACACACUCACUCUUGGCCAACAUUAAAUAAUUUAACUGCAUUCUCCCAAGCUCUGAGCAUACUGUACAAACACAAGUUGCCACUCCAUGGACACCAGUAGUUUUUUCUUGGAUAAUGCAAUGCAAUGUUCUUUUGUUUAGAUAAAUAAAAGAAAAUAAAUGCACAAUA